AUGCGUCUCAGUACCAACACCGAGCCCGAGCUGCCCCGGCACGANCCUCGCGCUCCCCGCGCGGGGCCGUGCCGGCUGCUGAGGGAGCGUUCAUUCCAGAGGGUCCGGCUGCAGCCGCCGCCUCCUGCGCUGCAGCCGCAGGAGGUGAUUCCGCACCUUCGCUGUCCUUCGCUGGAGCGCUUCAGGGAAUGCUACCUCAUUCCCCAGCGGCCCGUGGUUCUGGAGGGCGUCAUGGACCACUGGCCGUGUAUGAAGAAGUGGAGUGUGGACUACUUCUGUCAAGUGGCAGGGUGCCGCACAGUCCCUGUGGAGUUGGGUGCUCGGUACACAGAUGAGGAAUGGUCUCAGCAGCUCAUGACUGUCAGUGACUUCAUCAGCCAGUAUAUCAUGGAUGAGAACAAUGUAGGAUACCUUGCCCAGCACCAGCUUUUUGAUCAGAUCCCAGAACUUAAAGAAGAUAUCAGUAUCCCUGACUACUGCUGCUUGGGGGAAGGAGAAGAAGAUGACAUCACCAUUAAUGCUUGGUUUGGUCCAGGAGGUACAAUCUCACCUCUUCAUCAGGAUCCCCAGCAAAAUUUUUUAGCCCAGGUAUUUGGAAGAAAGUAUAUCCGUCUCUACUCACCACAAGAUUCAGAAAACCUGUACCCCCAUGAAAGCCAAAUUCUUCACAACACUAGUCAGGUUGAUGUAGAAGAUCCAGACUUGGUCAAAUUUCCAAAUUUCAAAAAGGCUGCAUUUCAGUCCUGCAUUCUGAUGCCUGGACAGAUUCUGUUUAUUCCAGUUAAAUACUGGCACUAUGUGCGAUCGCUUGAGCUCAGCUUCUCCGUUAGUUUCUGGUGGUCAUAGCUCUGAAAUGUAGUCAGCUGCACUGAAAAGGGAAUUAAAAAUCAGGGAAAUAGCAUUUCUCUCUCAGGAGAGGUUAGAGGUGGAGUAAAACCAAAAACCAACAAACUCUUGCUAAAGCAUGGAGUAGUCACAAUGGGUAAGUGGAAAGAGUAUGCUGUAGCCAUGUCAUUUUUGUAUGUUUCUAAUAACUCCUAAAGACUAUGUGUUAGGUCUUGUGUGUGCAUCCCUCAGAAACAGCCUGUGUACAGGCAUUACCAGGGCUCUGCCUGAGCCUCUCUGUCUCUCUCUAUUUGGAUUUAGAAACACUAAACCCUGGAGUUAGCUACAGAGAUGGUGCUACAUAAACGUUAAAUUCAUUAAAAUAUUGAGCUAACACCAAGCAAGGUACUAGUCUCCUGCAUGGAAAAAGUCACUUAUGUCCUGGUCUGGCCAGGAUAGGGUUAAUUUCUGCAGCCAGGAGGGGCAUGGCCCAGACACAGAGUUUCCUCUGUACCACCUCAGCCUGCCACCGAUGCAGGCCAGGGGCAGGAAGGGGCUCCUUGGUCUCUUAGUGAUUGUAUGUAUGAAUCUUUUUGUGUGAAUCUUUUGUAUCUCUUGUACACUUUGUUAUUGAUAUUGUUGCUAUGACUGCUCAUUUUCUUACUCCUUUGCUGUUUCCAGUAAAUUGUUCUUCUUGCAACUCAUGAUCUUGA